CAGGUGGAGCUGUACGAGCUCAGUCAGGAUUUUCCAUUCGGUUAAAGCAAGCAAAAAAACCCCAAAACCCAACGACAAAAAACCCAACAAACCACAAAACAUUUCCUCCUAAGAUUGCAUUGCAUCCGCUAUGCUCAUAAUCAACACUGUAAAAAGAAGGAAGGGAGGAUUUUUAGCCCGGGGCUAGAGAGAAAUUCCUUUGGUGGAAGUGCAAGGAGGGCUAAGAAAAAAAGGGUUUCUCGGUGCUUUCUUUUGUUCCCUGUCCCGUGGCUCUAGACACUCACCUGCCCGUUCCACCGGGAGGAGAUGGAGCUAACGCUGCCUCCCCCGGGCAUGACGGUCUCAGCUAAAGCCUCCUGAAGUCACCUGCCUUCGGUCGUGGCUCCCACUGAACGAGAGAGCCCGGGGGCUGUGCUGAAGGACCCCCGGCGGAGCGUCACAUCACAUCGCAUCGCAUCGCAUCGCAUCGCAUCGCAUCGCAUCGCAUCGCAUCGCACCGCACCGCACCGCACCGCGGGAGGCGCCGGCGGGGCAGGCACUAGGCGGGGCGGCCGGAGACCGGGCCCGCCCCGUGUCCCCCCCGCCCCGCUACCGGGAGCGGAGAGGAGCGGAGCCACGACCGGCGCUGGGGGAGGAUCUCGCCCGCCGCCCCGCUCCCUGCCGGGGCCGGGUGUGCGGGGCAGAGCGCGGCGGCGAUGGCCCUGCUCCCGCGGCGGUUCCUCUGCUUCGUGCUGGCCCAUCACUUCAUCGCAGCGACAGCGUGCCAGGAAGCAGACUAUGGCUGGAUGAUCCGGCACUACUGCCUGAAGCAGUUCCAGCUCAGCAUGGAGGGCAUCGGGCAGCGGCUCUGGUGUGACUGGGAUGAGACCGUGGGCACCUAUGGGGAGCUGACGAACUGCACGGUGCUCAUCGCCGAGAGGCUCGACUGCUACUGGCCCAACCGGCUGGUGGACGAGUUCUUCGUGGCCGUGCACAAACAGUACUUCAGGAACUGCUCCCCCUCCGGCCGGGCGCUGCACGACCCCCCCAACGGCAUCCUCUGCCCCUUCAUCCUGCUGCCCAUCCUCGUCACCUUGCUGAUGACCGCGCUGGUGGUAUGGAGGAGCAAACGCAGCGAGGGCAUUGUGUAGGGACACCCUGCCGCUGGCACAGGCGAGGGACCGCCUCUGGACUGUGUCUGGUUUUGGGAAGACCUUGGCAGAGGAGCAUCACUGGGGGUACCAAGCCCUGGAGGCAGAGACAGCAGUGCCACAGCUCCUCCUUUGCACCACACACGUGCCACUUGCCUGGCAUCAGGAGGUAAUGGCGAGGUCGAUGGGUCUGGGUGCAACGAGACCAUCACGGCUUCCUCUUGUCCUUUUUGUUUUCUACACCAGGAAAGGCAUCUUCUCCCCCAGCACGAGGCCGAGGCCUGCACUGGGUGGGUUUCGCCUUGGAGAUGGGGAGCUAUGGGUGAAGGGUGGCAGUGGGAGGACGUGGUGGUGGCCUUGGCAGUGCUAAUGAGCAACGGGAAUAAGGUGCUUUUCCUACCCAAAUAAACACAUAAAUAAACCAGGUGCCCGUCUGUGGUGUGAAGUCUCAAUGCUCACCCCUCUGUGAGGACCUCCCCUCACUGCCCUAAAGCAGCCUCUGUGAUCCUGGAGGCUCCCCCCUCACCUUCCCCUUCAAUAGUAUUGACCUCUACUCCAUAGACACUCUUUGGGGUGGCUCUCUAGAUUUCUUGUCACCCCUUCAGGCACUGGAAGCUGCUCUGAGGUCUCCCCAGAGCCUUCUCUUCUCCAGGAAGAGGCUUUCUGGAAGAUGAUUACCUGCCUAUGAUAAAAAUAAAUGGAAGGAAUAAAAAAAAAAAAGCCCCACUAAGCCCAAAACUAAAAACCAAAACCCAAACAAGAAAAAAAAGCAGCAAAUUGUUACAAAAGCUGCCUGGAAGUUAAAGAAGUUGAUUCCUGCACAAGUGCUGUUGGCUCAGGAGCCUCCAUCCACCAACUGGCCAUGAGCGAAGGUGACACUUUGGGGACAUACAGGAUGGUUUUGCCUUCUGCCAUCGCAGGAGGUCCAUGGGGGUGCAGGAUGGAGAUCAGAUGGAAACGUGCCCCUGGUGGUGCCCAGCUUAGUGCUUUGGUGACAGGCAGAAAUCGAGGGUGGCUGGAAGGAGUAUAGAUUAGUUGCAUCUAUACAAGUGUAAUUAAUAUGUAUAUAAAUAAACAUAUACAUAUA